CACGGGAUCGUCGUUCGCGUAUCUCAGUUUCCGUCAGUGUGACUUCCGUGCGCUUGCUUCUACCCGUUUGAACACACGAAAAGGAUGCGCCGUCUCGACGUAGCACCGCUUCUGCUCUGCCUCGUGGCAGCGGUGUUCGGGCAGGACGGCGACCUGUACUUCUCGGUCAGCCCUGGCGAGCACUCUGUGGUCGAGGGAUCACCGGUGCGUCUGAGAUGCGAGGCGCAACCCAGCUCGCGCGUCAAGUACUCAUGGAAAAUCGACGAUCAACCCCUGGCACCUAGUCCACGGAGACAUCAGGACGGCGGCGACCUGCGAAUUACCAGGGUCAAUCGAAUCCUCGACAGCGGCAAGUUCGUAUGCGUGGCAACUCACGAGGACACCGGAUACUCCAUCGAGAGCUCGCCAGCCAAGAUCGACAUUCAAUGGAUCGGCGAGUCGAGCGUGCAGCUGCAGCAGCCGAAGCUGCUCACCGCGAUCCGCGUGGGAGCCGAGGUCGAACUUCGAUGUCACGUCGAUGGUACCGGAGACAUGAAAUACGAGUGGUUCAAGAAUCACGAGCCGGUGGCGAAAAACGAGCGGAUCGAGAUCAAGAAGAAGAGGCUACUGCACAUCCACCGAGCCAUUCUCGAGGACAGCGGGAUGUACAGCUGUCUGGCGAAGAACAAAGCUGGAUCGUCGCCGAAAAAGGACAGCUACCCCCUGAUUGUGACGGGAAAUGACACAGCGACGAUAAAGGUCGUCCCUAGGAAUCUAAUCGCGAAACGCGGAGAACCUGUCGCCCUCCAUUGCGUCUUCGAGGACGCUGACUCUAUUCAGUGGUACUUCAAGGACAUUGGUCCGCUGGAAACCGACGACGAGAGGACCGUUCUCGAUAAUGGCACUUUAUUCAUACGCUCAGCCGAACACAGGGACCAAGGAUUCUACUCUUGCAGGGGAGAGAGGGGGGACACCUCUGUCGCUUACACGGUCGAACUCCAAAUAGCUUACUUGAUGAACCUCUCCGCGGCCUCUUUCGAGCCCCUGUUGCCGAACCAAGUGGCGGUAGUCGGGGAGGACCAGGAGCUCCAGGUCAGCUGCUUGGAACCCUCCGGGCUGCCAACUCCCAAGGUCUACUGGAAAGAUCCCAAGGGACACAUUAUAAGCGAUUCCGGGCCGGUGCGCGUUCAGGAUAAUACCCUUAUCGUCGCGAAGGCUGGGAUGGGCGAGGACGACGGCAAUUAUACCUGCGUCGCCGAGAAUAUGGCUGGGGAGACCGACAUAUCCGUUCAAGUGGUUAUUUCCACACCGCCUACGCUGAUAAGCUCGCCGGAGAGCCAGAGCGUGAUGAAAGGCGACUCCGUGACGAUGACGUGCUCGUACUCCGGGAUGGAGCCACCGAUGACCCACGUACGCUGGCUGAAGGACGGAGAACCGGUGAAAGAGACCGGCGGACCGAGCAGACACAAUGUAACCGAUCACCACGGCAAUGUGACCCUGCACUUGAGGAGCGCCGAGCUGUCCGACAGGGGCUCGUACGUGUGCGAGGUAUUCACCAAGGGCUUCCCGUCGAUACUUUCGGAGCCGGCCAGCCUCGCGGUCGAGGAGAAGCUCAAGUUCUCCCCGGAACCUGUGGACAAGCGGCUGGAACUUGGCUCGACGGCCAAAGUGCCCUGCAAGUCGCAGGGUGCCACCAAUCCGACGGUGAAGUGGAUCAAGGAGGGCGUCGGGGAGGAAUUCCCGAAGCACGUGCAAGAUAUCAAUGGGACCCUCCACUUCAACGGAGUUCUCGAGGAGGACGAGGGCCGCUACACCUGUAUAGUCAGCAACAUGCAGGAAUCGAUCAACCACACGAUCAACAUCACCGUAAUCAUCGCGCCAAAGUUCACCGUUCAGCCGCAGAACCCAACGGAGGCGAUCGAGGGAUACCCUGUGAUGUUGCACUGCGCCGCCGAGGGCGAUCCGAAGCCGACCAUCCAAUGGGACAAGGACUUGCGUAUGAGCAAUCUGGAAAAUUCCCGCUUCGAGGUAUUGAGCAACGGAAGUUUAUACAUAAAGGAAGUAUACUUGGGCGACGAGGGGAAGUACGGGUGCAUGGCUGGCAACAGCGGAGGCUUGAAACGAGAGGAAGUUCAACUGAAUGUUAAACCUGGCGAUCCCUACAGAUUCGACAUGGACUUGGAAGUGGGAGACGACGGCUCGAUGAUGACGAAGACGGUUACGAUCACCUUGAGCGCGGCUGCGGCUUACAUGGUGCUGGUCGUUGGUCUGAUGCUGUACUGUCGCUAUCGGCGUCGUCGUAGGAAGCAGCAAUAUCUCCAGGAGCAGGCGGAAGAAAAACUGGAGAACGGCGAGGUCCAGGAGGAGCAGACCGAGCUGAAGGAGACCGCCACGACCAACAGCAAAAUGAACUCCACGUCUGGCAAAAAGAAGGAGAACCGCGACUCCCAUAACAAGAGCGACGGCGCUGACACUAGCUUGAGCAGCAACCAAUCGAUAAAGUCCAAGUCGUACUACGACAAGCUGAUAGUGUCUCGAGGCAACCUGAAGGAGCUGAAGCCCUUGGGUCGUGGCGAGUUUGGCGACAUCUACGCGGCUAAAUACCAAGCAGACGGCGACAAGGAAUCCCUGGUGAUGGUGAAGAGCCUGCUCAACACAGACGAGACCGCUCUGCAGGAGUUCAGGCGUCACCUGGACCUGCUCCGCAAGUUGAAUCACGAGAACGUGGUGAAGUUGAUCGGUUUGAGCCGCGAAGAGGAGAUGGAUCACAUGAUCCUCGAAUACACCGACUGGGGCGAUCUCAAGCAGUUCCUGAUCGCCUCCAGGAAGGACAACAAUUCCAGCCCGACCUACGAGUCGAAGCCGGCGCGCGCACCGCAGCUUUCGGUCGCGCAAAUCAUCUCGCUGUCCAGCCAGGCAGCGAAAGGUCUCAAGCAUCUCGCCGACAACCGUCUGGUGCACGAGGACAUCGCCGCUCGGAACUGUUUGAUCGCCAGCAACUUGACGAUCAAGAUCUCGAUGCCGUGCAUGACCAAAGAGCCCUACCAUCAGGAGUACACCAAGCACCGGAACCAGGUUAUCCCCCUGAGAUGGCUACCCUACGAAGUAGUCUACGAGGACGAGUACUCGACCAAGAGCGACGUUUAUUCGUUCGCCUGUCUCGUCUGGGAGAUGUUCCACCAAGGGGAGCUGCCGUUCAAUAAGAUGAACGACGAGUCCGUGCUGAUGUCAUUGAAGGCUCGUACCCUCACGUGGAAACCUCACAAAGCGGCGCCCCCUGCUCUGCAGGAGCUUCAAAUUCAAUGCUGGGCCAACGAUCCGCGGGAUAGACCCACUUUCGACGAGAUCGUUUCCAAAAUAGGUGAAAUUGUCGUCGACAGCUGUCUCUAGAUUGUGUCGACGACGCCACGAGGCUCUAAAUCGGGGAUACCGAAGCAAGAGUGACGAUUGGGCGAAACCGCGCGAUCCGAGGUACGAGUGAAAAGGUAACGUGACUCUUGCCAUUCAAAAGUAUACGACAUCAAAUUAACCCCUCCGUAAUCCGAAUUUUUUGUUGCAUUCGACAAGAAUUGUCUAACGCGACAUUUUCAUGAGAAAUAUUGUAAAUAUCGUUGUACUCUUCGAACGAUACAAAACAACGAAAUUACUUUGGCAACAACCUGAUAAUCAAAUUUCACGAAGAGAAAGAACAACUCGGAUGGAGUUUCUCGCAAUGAUCGCUCGUGUCGCGGUAUUCCGUCGCGUCCAUUAGGCCGUUAAGGAUAUAUAAUUUAUUUGUAACAGAAGGAUUCCGCUCCACGUGACUGCUAACGCAAUAUUUAGUACUCAGUAUCAAGUGUAACGAUAUAGGUAUACCGAUCACCGCACAUCGAAUACUCGUAAGAUAUACGCUACGCUGCCGUUUAAGGCAGAGAUCGCAAGCUACAGUGUGAAUGCAUCGUUUAAGAAAGUAUCACGACCAUAUCAACGUUAAACGAACGACGAUUUUUAUAUCCGCCUAACUCACGUCUACACUCGUUGUAUUCCGUUAAGGUCUAACGCUUAAGGAUUAUUUAUAGCGUACACUUAUUAUAUGAAUAUGUAUAUAAUAUAUACAGGGUAGGUCUACGCGUGCCUCGAACGAAUCGGCCACCAGUCUAGGUUGGCACUUGUCUAGAGACGCGCCCUGUAUAUGUACGUACACAGGGUGGAGCCAACUCGACGUUGUUCGUGCAAACGCACGGAUAUUAAUUCCGCCGAGAAUCGUUGGGAUUUAAUCGAAACUGACGUAUUGAAAUUGGUGUUCCGCUAGUGGUUUCGCUUGGACCACCUCGGGUACGUACCAGAGCGGAAGAGAAUCGUUUCGAAGAGGAUAAAGUAAACGGCCUUGUACAUACCGAGGGUAUAUAACUGUAAGUUUGUUCAUUAAGUACAACCGCGAGAUUCGGGUUUGAUUUUUCGUUCGAUAGGCACUUCCGAGGGAUCGCGACGCUAUCCGACUAUCCUGCAAUAGCAAAGAAGGCGCGUCGAGUGUCCGUGUCGCGAAGAGCCGUACAACGAAGCCAGUCCUUUUGUUUUCGUUUCGUUUCGUUUAACUUCGGAAGCACCGGGAAUUUAUUCUACGCGCGUACGAACGCUUCGCGAAUAGCUCGAUCUCGACAGACCUUGGGCACUUUCUUACAUUAACAUUCUUCGAUAUACCGUUCAAAAUAACACGCUUACCUCAGUGCUGUUUCUUUAAAUGAAUUUGAAGAUGAUACUUUUCCAUUCGGAAUAAUGAAAUGACAAUUAAAAUAGAUACCUUUUAUUUUAUUUUGUAUUAUAAGUGUUCGCCCAAGUCUGGAUCUCAACGCGUUGCUUUCGCUUCGUCGAUGAAAUAAUUCGUCGAAGCGGUGAAGUAUGAUUUGUCCCAAAACGUUUGGUUAAUGGGAUAAUUCCCAAUACUCGGUACGAUCGUAUAACGUAUUCCGCAUCCGAUAUAUUACUACGAUUACUAUCAUAGCUCACGCAAGGGAAAUUCGCACGUACGCUUGCAGAGCUGUCCACAGAGCUGACUCGCGCAUAAAAUCGAGGUAUCGCGAAUACGAAGGAUGUAGAUCUUACGAGCAACGCAUGCAGUGAGACUGUCUAAGAGACGCGUGGCUAUCUCCGUUACUUCUUGGAACAGCUCGUAUCGUACCAGACGGGAGAUAACGACCUAUAACGAGCGAGCCUCGAGCUUGAAUUCGUUUAGAAGACCCAUCUUCCUCUCUUUUAUAGUAUUACCAAGGAAAAUUACUAUUACUUCGACGUAAGUACUUGGAACAUGCUCGGCCCAGCUCUGCAUACGUAUCACGCGCAUCAAAUAUAUAAUGUAUCAUAUACGCAUUUAGAUGUACGAGACACUAAGGUAAACACUGCCAAUGAGUAAUCUCUGUAACGUUAAAGGUUCAUAAUCAUAGCGAAUACGACCAUUCCCCUAAUUUAAUGCACCGUCGUCGCACCGCGGAAGGAUCGACGCUCCAUUUAUACCGAUCCCUGUCUUCUGCGAGCAUACGCGGUUCUGCAAGAACUCGUCGAUCGUUGUCGUCGAUCGUUCGCAAUAAUCAAAUUCGAUUCGAACAAUAAUUAAUUCAUUGAAUUAAUUAUUAAAAUGUUAGUCAAAUAAACCAGUGUUUCUUGAACGAAGAACUCAAUUGUUACAGACGCUAAGAAACAUUUGAUCGAUCAUCGAGGUUGCUUCCUUAAAACAGAAAAUCUGUUUUUAUCCCCGGUGUUUGUAAUAAUUCGAGAGACAGAAGCGCGGAUCGAUCGAUCGACGACCAACGCACGCGGGAGCGCUUGCAAACCGGUCCUGGUCUGGUUUCUCUCAGAUGCUUCCUAAAUGUUCGCAGUAUAAUGCCAAGAAAUAUUCUUGUAAUGUAAAGUAUGUUGGGAGCAUACCUUGCAACAAUCUUUGCUCGCGCCCUAACGUAAUCGUUAAGGAUUAAAAGUAAUCGAUUUCGAGUUCCGACGAGUCCAAACCGUGCUCAUAUCAUUCGCUGAUCGUAUUUUCCAGGACUGCGAUCGUCGACCCGUUGACUUGUCUCUCCAUUUAUAAUGUACAGGGUGAUCCCAGAGAAUGGAACAUUUCGAUUUCAUUUCUUUCUCAUUUUUUUUUUUUUUUUUUUUUGUAGUUUAGGUGCAUUUUCCAUUCCUUUCCUUUUCCCCUCUUUUUCAAUGUAUUUCCAUUGAAUUUCAUUCCCUUCGUUCACCUUUAUUUUCAUUUGAUUAAAUUUCAUACCAAUCGUUAAUCCAAAAGCAAAUAUAAAUUUCUGUUAACAAAAAUGAUGCAAUUGAUAAAUGCAUAUGCAUCGUUCCAGUUCUGUGGAACUUGCAUGGAACUGUUACGCCGAGGAAAUACGUUUUCCCCGAUGUUCGUACGCAAUCGUCGUCGUUCACCUGGAAAAGUUUAUAUGUACUCGAGUAUAUCGCGAACGAUCGUACUUGUGUUUGCUUAACCGUCGUUUCGCCUAAUUGGAUGGCAAGGCGAGGGGUCGACGCGGCCAAACACCGACUGAAAGAGAGAGUGAGAGAGAGAGAGAGAGAGAGUGAAAGAGAGUAAAGAAACGCUGCGCCGGUGAUUUUUAACGAAGCGACCUAUUAUUAUGCCUAAUGUGUCUAGUCAUACACGGUGGGAAAAGUGUUAGCGAGCAGCGAACGCAAGAUCCAUUUAAAAGAAAAAGAAACGACAUUUUUCAUAUCCCAAGGCGUUUUGUAAUCCAUUUCUUUUUUACAGUAUUUUGUAAAUAUUUGUACUUUUUUAUCUACACUUAUCGUACUUAUGACUCUUUGAAAUAGUAUGUGCUACGAUUAAAUAAAGGUGGAUAAAACCGAAAGAGCGUUUAUUCAUUGCUGAGAAUGUAAUUAAUCUAUUUCAUUCAUCUAUUCUAGAUCUCUAGAUACUACAUUUUACAUUAGUUAACAACGAGAAGUAUUAUUAGUUUACAUUUGUUAAUCAGACCUGUUUAGUUCGCUGAAUUUAUUAAAAAAAAAG